AUGGAGGAGGUGUUGCAGAAUGUAUUUAAGGAGGAUCCGGAGGACCCAGUUUCUACUGAAGACUCAUCAGACGACAACCGGUUGCAUUGUUUCAGCAGCGACAGCGAUUACGUGCCUUCAUCAGAAAGGUUUGACAGUGACAGCGAUUAUCAGCCCCAGCAACCAUCAACGUCCCAGACGGGCCCAUUGCCAUCUUCCACCACUCGGAUGCAGGGAGGAUUCCCUCCUCAUCCAGAUUUUGCUCCCCUCUCAUACUCUUCUGAUUCGGACUCACCUGAAGAGAGGCAGCCGAAGCGCAAAGCGAAAGCCAAACAGACGGCAAGCAAGCGUGGUCGAAGUGGGUCUGCAACACUAGUAGUGAAAAAGGAAGAGGAGGAAGAGGAAGAAGAAGAGGAGAGGUGGCAUGACAGACAAGAGAAGGACAAAAAACCUGAACCUCUGCGAUUCAGACCGGCUAGGAUCCCUGGCCCUACAUGUGACACAACAAAGUCAUGGUCUCCCCUUGCCCUCUUCCAGCUGUUUUUUUCCACCUCUGUUGUCCGUACCAUAAUCAGCAACACAAAUGCCUACGCUGCUAAGAGACAACAAGCCGGAAAGAAGUUCAAGUGGGAAGCGCUUACAGUGCAGGGUUUCUACACAUUUUUGGCUGUGACUAUUUUCAAUGGCCUUGUGACGGUCCACAAUAAAGCUGACUGUUGGAAGAAGACAUCCCCGUAUAACUUCUCCUUCCCACCUAACAAAAUCACACGUAGGCGUUUUGAGGACAUCCUGUGGUCACUUCAUCUCAGCAACCCUGCUGAAGAUGAAGAAAAUGAUAAAAAGAAGAACACUGGGGAAUAUGACUGUCUCUUCAAAAUAAAGCCUCUCUACAGUGAGCUGGCGGAGGCCUGCAAAACCCACUUCCAUCCACAUAAAAACCUCUCAAUCGACGAGCGUAUGGUUGCUUCCAAAGCCAGAAUAAGCAUUAGGCAAUACAUGAAGGACAAGCCCACAAACUGGGGGUAUAAGCUUUUUUUUCUGGCAGAUUCUUCCACAGCCUACACAUGGAACCUUUUUGUUGACACAGGCAAGAGUGUGUCCACCACAGGUCAGCGUCUGAGUUACACAGCAGUCAUGGACCUAUUGCCUUUUUCUGUGCUCGGUAGCGGCUACACUGUGUAUACCGACAACUUUUACACAAGCCCUGCCCUGGUCCGGGAUUUGGCAAAGAAGUUCAUUGGCUGUUGUGGAACCAUCAGGAGAAAUAAUGUUGAUUAUCCUCAGACCCAGACAAAUGACCUGCCUAAGAAAGCUGAGAGGGGAGAUCUGCGUUGGAUACGGCGCAGCAACCUCCUCUUUGUGAAAUGGAUGGAUUCACGGGAAGUGACCAUGUGCUCGUCGGUGCAUGAGGCCUUCACUGGACAGACGGUCAGGAGGAGGGUGAAGGAGGCUGGUGUGUGGCAGGUGAAGUCUGUACCUGUCCCCGACGCUGUACUGGACUACAACCACAACAUGGGAGGUGUGGAACUAUCGGAUGCACUGAUGGGCUACAACAGCGUCAGCCACAAGACCAUGAAAUGGUACAAAACUUUUUUUUAUCAUUUCUUGGACAUCGCAGUGGUGAACAGCUUCCUGCUACACAAGGAGCUGCUGAAGUUGCGGAACCCUGCACAGACAAAGCUGCACACCCAAAAGACCUUCAGAGAGCAGCUGCUGAAAGAGAUGUUGAAGUUUGCUGAAGGCUCAGCAGCUACUCCACCGCCUGCAGCUAAUCCACCGCCUGCCACCACAUGCAUGCCCGUCUACUAUACAAGUGAUGACUCUGACAGAAUUCGAAAACAUUGCAAGAGGUGCCUCAAGGCUGGGAUCCGGAGGGUGAAGACGUCCUUGUAUUGUAGAAAAUGUCUGGUCCCACUGUGUCUCAAUGCAAAAAAGAACUGUUUCCAGCUCUGGCACGACAAGCAGUAG